AAAAACGUCAAAUCAGUUCAUUAUUUGAUUCUAUCACGGUAGUUAUAUUAAUGCUGAUCAUUCAUAAAAUAAAUCUAAGAAAAUUAAAUUGUAUUUAAAAAGUGAAUAUAAACAAUAUUAUUUCAGUAAGUGAAUAAAUUGUUCUUACUUUCUUAAAAUAAGUCGAAAGCCAUGGAGAACGAUAUCAACAAACCAUACAAAAUAUGUGAUGUGAACCGAGACAAAAAGAAGGGUACGGUAGCAUCGUCGUUAGAAGAUUUACUCAGUAAAGUGCCCGAAAAGCUAGGACUGCCAGCAGAGAACUUGACUGUGGUGCUUGAGUCCGACGGAACUGAGGUGGACGAUGAGGAGUAUUUUUCGACAUUAGAGCCUGACACAUCUUUGAUGAUUCUCCACGGGACCGAGAAAUGGACGCCGAACAUGCCGAAGUGCCAGGUGUCAUUAGAUCAGACGGACGACGUGGCGCUAGGAGAGAAGGGGCAGGUGGCGAGCCUGGUGGGGCGACUGCAGCACAACCUGUGCCACAUCUCACUGCUGGGCGGCCAAGACCUGGAGCUGCUGUCCGAUAUGGACCCGGACAGUCUCGCGGAUAUUGUCACGGAUCGUGAUAACAGAAUUAUACUGGAGCACAUCAAGGAAGCCUCUGGAAGGAUCUUAUUGGAGAAGCGCCAAGCACAGGACGCCAUGGAGCUGUUGAAACUGUACCACCAAAGUGUUGCCAACGGCUCUGAGGAUGUGUCACCGCCCAAACAGGAGAGGGUGUAGGGCACAACACAUCCUUGUAUGAUACCUGUAACCCUUCAUUCAUUUGCAUUUGGAAUGGUAAUGCUCAAAAGUUUACAAACUCACUUUUGUUCCUCAUUGCCAUGUUUCAAACAUUUUCAUGAAACAUAUAAUCAUUUAGUUAGAAAUUAAUUAACAUAUUGAAUACACCAAAUGAAAGAGGCCUUUUUUUCUAUUAGAAUUAAAAUAAUUUUGAUGCUGUAUUUAGUUGUUUUUCAAUAUGCAAGUAGCAUUUGUCUUUUAAAACAUUGCCUCAGUAAUGAUUUGCAAAUAAAUAUCAUGUAAAUCAAGAAACAGUCAUAGUUGAUCAAAGUUAAGGUAUGCAGGUACUUGGGUAGUUAUAAUAUAAUAUGCUAAUCUUAUGAAUAUGAGCUGAUACGGAAUAUGAGAUGAUAUACAUAACCACAUUCUAAAUAUUGUAUGUAUCUAGUUGUAACCCUUAAGCAGUACAUCCAUUGUAGAUAUCUUGAGUUGAAUUUAUAUUUUAUAAAUGUAUGGAAAAUUAAGAAAAGACUUCAGAACAUUAUUGACUUGAUCUCUGCCAUGAUUAACAUAUUCCCUGCAUGUAAACAAAAAAAAAUUGGUUGUCCAUGUUCUCUCUUUCAUAAGAAUAAAGGUAAGGUACAAUUCAAUAAUUCAAAUGCUCAUUUGGUGUUAGGCAUGGCAAAGAUAUCAAGAAUGUUUUAUUUUCGGUUAUUUAUAUUUUCUUUAAGUAUUACACAUUACUAUAUUUUUUCACGCCUUCAAUAUGUUGCCAAUACUUACUGACAAGAUAUUUUGGUAGCUGUAUAGUAAAAGAUCUGACAAUAGGUAUGCUAGAACUUAAGCAUGUAUACCCUCUAGAUUGUUAAGGUUUCUUUUUUGUAAACUUUUGAGAGACAAAUUGCCACGAGGUUGACAAGUCAACAUCAAUUUAAAAGACUGAUAGUUGUUAAUUUUUUUUGAAUAUUAUAUUUUACCCCUAGAAUAAGAAUUAUUUGUUUAACUCCAAAUUGCUCAAAAGGUUUCGAAUAUUAUACCUAUAAGUUUCCAUUUGUUAUUCCACUGCCAAAUGUCAAAAGCAUGCUCAUAUUGUGGUAAGUUAGAAUGUGUAGGGAAUGUAUGGUCUGAAUAGGUGUGGUAGAAUAAUUCUUUGUUGUCACUUACAGAAUCCAUUUACAUAGUUUUCUUUGGCAAUCCAUACUUAAUAAUCCGGAAUAAUUUAUAUAAUAUCAUAUAAAUGUAGUUGAAAGAAUCUAUAUAGUCAUGUUUGUGGAAACUUUAACAGCGAUUUAGAGGGCUUGUCAUACAUCUCAGUCAUAAUUAUGUAGCUUAUUGUAAUAUCUAAUGAAUAAAAUAGUGCACCUAUUAUUAAUACUAUUGUGUAACACCUUUGACAUUGGGCACUACCUCUGCUACAGGAAAUCGAGAUAAUUCUAAAUACUAGGGUGAUAUAUAAUUUGAUUAAGUUAUUUAUACAUUUUUAUAUUAUUAAAUUCAGUGAUUGCUUAUAAAAUUACACUCCAACAUUAACCAAUGUCACCCAAAUAUUCAAAGUUACCAGUAUUAACUGUAUCUGUAGGAAUUUUAUCUAAAUAAUGAUCACAGAUAAAUAUAUAUAACAUAUGUAUGUCUGGUAGAUUUGAGCAUCAUGUGCAAAAAAAGAUUAAAUUCAUGUCUAUGUUUCAAAAUUGUUUACGAAUAGCGAAUUAUUUAAUUGAUUGACCAACAAGAACUAGUCAUUAUAAUGGAAGUAACACCACAAUUGCAACAGUUAAUUUAAAAUGUUCCUGUACCUCAGGGUAGUAUUAUACAUGUCCAAUAUCUUGGUCCAAUGUUUAGUGCAUCUCACACUCUUAUUAAGCAAAAUGUGAGACGCAAAUACACAUUGGACCAAGAUAUUGAAGAGAUGGAAUCCCCAUUCCUAGUGUGUCAAAUAAUGUCAGGUAGGCAAGUGCGCCUACUCAUUCUAAAAUACAUGUUCCGAGAUGAAUGUCGGCGUUACUUCCUUACUUGACUAAGAGGGGGAACGGGGAAUUUUCCACCCUCUAUUUAAACAAUAACUUGGUACUUAACUUCAUGUUUGUUGAACGUUUAAAAGUUUAUGUUGCAGUAUGUUGAUAUCUUUUCAGAAGAUAAUUCGUCCUAGUAUAAACCGAACCGUCUAUUCCAUUUUUUUUCAUGACGAGGACCCCAUUAGUACGUACAAAAUGUUUCUCUCAUGUAUUGUCUCAAGGUUGGUAGAGGCUUCACGACCCCCCGGGGGGUCGCCCACAGGAAAAACACUGGUCUAAGUAUUCUAAUGUGCAAUCCAGUAAACUGUUUAAAUGCGACCAUUCGUCUUUGAUUUUAACCAAUUGUGAUGGUUUAUAGUGGCAUGUGAUGUUUUAUUCCAUAGUAUGCUAUGCUAUAUGUACUGAGUGCUGUGAAUAUUGUGUUUAACAUUAGGAAUUGUUGGGAGUUUGAUUCCUAUAGUGGAAUUGAGUAGUAGGUUACUUCUUUUUACUGCACACUAAUAAUAGUAAUAAACCAUUUAGAAAA